CAGGCAGACACCAUGGCUACGAUAUGAACACACAAGAGGUCUGCGGUAAAAGGUUAGCUCUCUCUGGUACUGGAUACAGCCUUGUUGAGCUAAAGGAGUAAGAGAGACGACACACGGAAAGGGUUUCUUUCUCCGAGUAAAGCAGAAAUCUGUCGAUGCUGGACUCUCUGAUCUCCCAGCAUUAGGAUCGGCAGCAGGGCUGGGAGAGACCAGCCACCCACAAAAACCACCUGACCCGACAUGAUGGCUUCUAGUGACGUAGACAUCCGAGGUGAAGGUUCUUUGUUCUCUGACCAAAACCCAUCAGAAAUGGACGCUCUGUGUCCUUCCCCACCUGGACCAUCCAGACCCCAACGUCACUACGAGAGGAUCGGAGGACGAGCAGGAACCUCUUUUUGUCAGACUCUCAUCCACCUGUUGAAGGGGAACCUCGGUACGGGGCUGCUCGGCCUGCCUCUGGCGGUGAAGAAUGCAGGCCUGGUGCUCGGACCAGUCAGCCUGCUGGUUAUGGGCGUCAUCGCAGUUCACUGUAUGAGGCUGCUGGUCAAAUGUUCCCAUCACCUCAGUGUAAAGAUCAACAGGCCGUCUCUGACGUACGGUGAGGCGGCGCAGUACGGGAUGGAAAAUGUAUCGUGGCUGAGGAGACACUCGCAGUGGGGAAGGCGGACGGUGAACUUGUUUCUCAUCAUCACCCAGCUGGGCUUCUGCUGCGUCUACUUUGUCUUCCUCAGUGACAAUGUCAAACAGGUGGUGGAAGCGGCCAACGCCACCACCUUCAACUGCCAGAUAAACAACACCAACCAAACCCAAGUGUUGGUGCCGAGCUUCGACUCCCGGAUCUACAUGCUCUUCUUCCUUCCUGCCUUCAUCCUGCUGGUGUUCACCCCCAACCUGAAAUACCUGGCUCCUCUUUCUCUGGUGGCAAACCUUGUCAUGACCGCCAGCCUGGUCCUCAUAUACUUCUACUCACUGACGAACAUUACGGAUCCAAGCGAUCUACCGAAAGUAGGCAGAGCCAAAGACUACCCUCUCUUCUUUGGGACGGCCAUCUUUGCCUUUGAAGGGAUCGGAGUGGUUCUUCCCCUAGAGAACAAGAUGCAGAGGCCUCAGAGUUUCUCCGUUGUGCUGUAUUUGGGAAUGGGUAUCGUCACGUUCCUCUACAUCAGCCUUGGUACUAUUGGAUACAUGUGCUUUGGGGAGCACAUAGGGGGUAGCAUCACACUCAACCUGCCCAACUGCUGGACAUACCAGGCCGUGAAGCUACUGUACUGCUUUGGUAUUUUCAUCACCUUCGCCCUGCAGUUCUACGUUCCAGCUGAGAUCCUCAUACCACCGGUCGUGGCUCGUGUGUCGGAGAGGUGGGAGUUGACCGUUGACCUGCUGCUACGCACCCUUUUGGUCAUAUUUACAUGCGCUCUCGCCAUCCUGGUACCGGAGCUGGAUCUCGUCAUCUCGUUGGUCGGCUCGAUCAGCAGCAGCUUCCUGGCGCUCAUCUUCCCGCCCAUCCUCCAGAUUAUAACGUUCCACAACGAGGGUCUGUCGCCGAUCGUCACCGCCAGGAACGUUGUAAUCAGCCUGAUCGGGUCCGUCGGCUUCCUCACGGGAACGUACAUCGCCAUAACGGAAAUCUUCGCCCGCAACGCAGUCAAACACGAAGAGACGUUCUCCGCCUACAUGGUCCAGUGAUGGAAGUGAGAUGACUGUCGGCAGGUGCGGGUGGAAGUAACCCCACCUAGACACCAUUUUAGGGCACAUUUUUAAAAGUUUUUCCUUCGCGUCUUUUUUUUUUUUUUUUUUUGAUUUGCUGCUGUUGGAAACGGCGGCCAUUUUUUUUCCGGAUUAAUCGAUCUCAUGUUUUUAGCAGUAUGAAGAUGUACAGAUUUGUGGUGCUUUGGUGUUGUGUUUAAUGAUGUACUGCACCAGUGUCCAAUCGUGUCCGUCGUACUCGUCUACUGGCUAAUACUUACAUCAUCACAUUUUAGUGCAGUGUAAUGGUAACAUAGUUAUUACGGUAAAAAUCGAAACAAUUCCUUCAAAAAGAUAUAUAUAUAUAUAUAAAUAGAGGGCAUGAUUUCUUUUUAGAGAGGAGUUCUCAUCUUGACAGCCUGAAUAUAUUGAUGUGUUUUAUGUUUUUAGUCAAAGAUUCAAACUACCUCACAAACUGGUAACGAUUUGGUCUUUCAAACUGUUGUCGCUGUUGUGUGGACUUUUUUAACCCCUUCAGCCCAAAUAGCUUUUCAUUUUUUUAGAGCUGUUUUCAGUUUCAACCAACCACCCACCACCUCAUUUAGAAAAAAGAAAAGGAGAAAAAAAGCAUUUUUUUGGUUGCACUUUGAUUUAUUAUGCCUUAUUCAGUAAAAAGGGCGCACUGCUUUGACUUAGUUUGCACAUAACAUACAUAAACCUUCAAUUAAUUAACUGUAAAAUUUUAAAAAACAGAUGUUAGGAGUUUUUUUUCUAACAAAACCUGCAACAAAAAAAUAGGGUUGGGUAUGAAAAUGGAUCUGAUUUGGAUCCAGUUAAUGAAAAAAAUGUGCUUUUCAUUUUCACUUCUCAAAUCUCGACAGCGAGGUGACGAUAAGAUCUAUAGACGUCACCGUUAACAUAUGCAUCACAGCGUGUGUGUGUGUGUGUGUGUGUGUGUGUGUGUUAAAAUACAGCACAGCUCAUUGCAUUCAGCAUCCAGAAAAAGAAAUACGAGACCUUAUCUUAUAAUUAUGACUCAGUGUCUCAUAAUGUUUCAGCGUGUAGCCUAAAAUAAAAAUAUGCAGCGAGCAGUUUAUGAGAGCAAUAUGUCUCCUGGAGUUACCUUACACACAAUAACCCCUCAGAUAAGUCAUAACGCUGUUUGUUACGAGCUGCACAGUUUUUAUUGGAUUUCCCAUUUUAUUUGAGAACUCUGAAACAGCAAAAUACAGUAAAAAGAUUCAUAUUAAAACAGUAAAGUGGUUUAAAAAGAGACAAACUGAGGGAUUAACCAUCAUGUAGGAUGCUUGAGUAUCCUGAUAAUCAACUUUUUACUCUACUUUAUUGUUGGAAUAACAUAAACAUUGCGUUAUCCAGCGUUAUAUUAGUGAAAGAUAUCUUCAAAAGCUGCAAACAGAGGCUGAAAUAAAAAGCUCUGUUUUCUCAAAUAAUGAUUAAUAAACAUAAAUUCACCUUGUUUCUCAUUAUUUACAAACUCUAGCUUCUGUAAGAGUUUUUAAAUGUU